AUGCAUCCAAACUUGAAUGUAGUGAAAGAUUUGAAAAGUAUUAUGAUGCUUGAAAUCAAAGGCAACGAAAAUUUACGACAAAUCGACAAUGUUCGAGUGUUGGAGAGUUUUCAAUAUUUAACAUCGAUCGAUCUUUCGAAUAAUCGAUUGGAGAAUAUCCCAGAGAUAAUUCAAUGUUUGAAUCCAAGUAUUCGUUACUUGGAUGUAAGUGGAAGCAAUGCUGGAAAAGUGAACGUGACAACCUUUCAAAAAUUCACCCAUUUACGCGAGUUGCUACUAGCAAAUACAAGUUUUCCAGUUAAUGACUCCGAGCUAUUUGAUUCAUUGCAAAGUUUAAUAUUCAUCGAUGUUUCUUAUAAUGAUUUGGAGCAUUUCGAUUUUAAACGAGCUUUGUUGAAUUUGAAGCGAUUGGAAGCUGUGCGUGCUGCUAACUGUACAUUGGCAAAAAUCCCAGAAUUUGGAUCAACGCUUAAGGCACUUCAUAUAUCGGAUAAUUUUUUGAGAGAAUUGAAAACCAACUCAUUCAAAAGUGUCACAAACUUGCGUGCUCUCAAUGUGAGCAAUACACAUUUGUCGAGUGUUGAUUUUGAUGUGUUCGAACAUAAUCCGAAGCUGGAAGUGCUCGAUCUUUCAUACAACAGUUUGCAACGUGUUAAUUUAACUUUAGCAAUGAGCAAUUUGAGAUGGUUUCGUUUGAAUGGAAACAACAUAACGAACAUAGAAGGAUUCAUUAAAUCACGCCUUCCGAGACUAUAUGAACUGGAUAUUUCGAAUAAUCAGCUGUCAUGCGAGUAUUUGACAGCAUUUGUAGCACAACUCAAGCGCGAAUGGCCGAAAUUGGAACUGAUCGGCGAUCCAUGGAAACAAAAACAUGACCAAAAUUGUAAUCGUUGA